UACAAAACAGAUGGUUGUUUCAGGACGUUUCUGCCUGUACUCCCUUGUAAGUUGUAACUCUGGUACUGUUAUUAAGCUUAAGCUCUAGUAUUUUCCCAGAAAUUCUAAAUUAUUGUUCAUAAACCAUCUAAAAUGUUAUCCACAGAAUCAUAUUUUACAUGAUAUCAUGACAUCGUGCAUUCUAGACAAUCAGCAACAUCUCAUCCUUUCAUGCCACGUGUCAUUCAUCUGGUGGACAACCAAUGAUCUUGCUUCCAUGUCAUCACCUUCCACCCCAGCCAAAAACACUUUGCAUUCUGUGAAGCCAAUUCUUUUGGCUUAGCUUACAACUUGUAACUAAGAUAGCUUCAUAACUUUUACAAGUAUCUUUCAUGGUCAAUUAAAUAUUCUUCAAUUUUUUAUUAAAAAAAAAAGACAAAAACUUGAAUAUAAUUGAGAACCUCAGAAAUUUUCUGGGAAAAAUUAUGCAAUGGAGGCUCUCAAUGUAGUAGGAUUGAAGCCAAUAUGUGUUGUUCACGAUCAAAGAGGAAAACCCAGAAAAUUUUCACAAAUUCCAACACUUCCCUCUAUUAAAUUCCCACAAAUUACAAUCAACCCACCAAAAUUUACAGAAGAUUUUGCAAGAAAAUUUCAUAGAAGUUUAGUUCUUUUGGCUUCUUCUGCAUUGAAUGCUAAAUUUGCUGGUGCUCUGACAUAUGAAGAAGCAUUAGAACAAUCAGUAAAUGCAGAUCCUGGGGCUGAAUUUGAUGCAGGAAGUGUUGUUGAAACAAUUGUUCAAAACCCACUAAUUAUAGCUGGUGGAGUUGCUGUAAUUGCUGUUCCCUUGCUUUUAUCCCAAGUUUUUGGGGGUAAACCCAAGCCAUUUGGUGUUCAGUCUGCAAAAAUUGCAUAUGCUAAGUUGGCUGAUGAGCCUAAUGCUCAGCUUCUUGAUAUUAGACCCUUAAAGGAGUUGAGGGAAGUUGGUAGUCCUGAUAUUCGAGGAUUGAAGAAGAAGGCGGUAUCGAUUGUGUAUAAAGGUGAAGAUAAGCCAGGGUUCUUGCAGAAGUUAUCUUUGAAGUUUAAGGAUCCUGAGAAUACUACUUUGUAUAUCCUAGACAAAUUUGAUGGAAACUCUGAGUUAGUAGCAGAGUUGGUGACUGCAAAUGGGUUCAAAUCCGCUUAUGCUAUCAAAGAUGGAGCAGAGGGACCUCGUGGAUGGAUGAAUAGCAGUCUCCCUUGGCUUCAACCAAAGAAAACAUUCAGCCUUGAUUUUAGUGGUUUGACGGAAGCAUUUGGGUUUGAUGAGAGCGCUGAUACGUUACCAGUACUAGGGAUUGGCGCAGCAGCAGCUGCUGGAUUGGGUUUGUUGGCUUUUACAGAGAUGGAAACUGUUCUCCAACUGCUAGGCUCUGCAGCAAUUGUGCAGCUGCUUAGCAAGAAGCUUUUAUUUGCAGAGGAUAGAAAACAAACAUUGAAACAAGUAGAUGAAUUCCUGACCACCAAGGUUGCUCCCAAUGAGCUCGUUUCAGAUGUAAAGCAAAUAGGAACCGCCCUUCUACCAAUAAACGUGAAUAGCAAGUCUCUUCCAGCACCUGCAGAGGCAGCCCCUGAAGCUGCUGUUGCUGAAAACAGCUUCCAGAAAGCUGAGUCUGUCCCUGAGCCACAAGCAGAAGCACCUGCACAACCUGCCGUUGAACCAGUAGCUGAAGCAACUGCACAGCCUGCCGUGGAACCAGUAGCAGAAGCAACUGCACAGCCUGCCGUGGAACCAGUAGCAGAAGCAACUGCACAGCCUGCUGUUGAACCAGUAGCAGAAGCACCUGCCCCAGAAAUCAACUCCACACCCCAGAACGAAGUUAAUACAGUAUCACAUCCAAGGCCGCUUUCACCAUACGCUGCAUAUCCAGAUUUCAAGCCUCCAACUUCCCCUUGUCCGUCACAACCUUGAGAGUUGGAGCUUUUUCGAUAUAGUUUUUGCUAUUCUGUGCCAUCUACAUGAAACUACAUGAGAAAAUUGAGCUUACUAUGGGGGAUGCAACCAAGAGAAGCUUGGCUAUCUCCCUUUCUAGAUCGGAAUAUGUGUACUAGUCACUUGCUAGCUGCUACCUUGAGGUGUAUAUUGCAAAUUGAGUCUUUUUUGUUUUCUCUUCUCAGCAUUCGUAGCUCAAUAAACUAUACAGUAUACAUCUAGGCUUUUGAGUUUUGAAGCCAUCAGUCGUGCCAACAGUUACAGGUUGUAUAAACUCGAUUACAAGUAAUGGCUUAAACAAUCGUCAUUGAAUAUAUAGAAUCAGGUUUGCAUGCAUUGAA